UCUACACGUCAAAACACCGAUUUUGUCGUCGGUAAGAAAUUUUAUGGAGUGAAAUUAAUUAAUUUUUCAACUUCAAUACUCUUUUCAAUAUCAUUAUUUUAAUUCGUAUGAUGCGGAUUUGGCAGUACAGCCUCAUAAAAACAGUAGCACAUUAUAAUUUAGUUCGACAAGUUAUUAGAAACAUGAGUACGAAGAAGAUUGCCGUCUGUCAGAUGACCUCCGUAGGGGAUAAGGCAGCUAAUAUGGAAGUUGUUAGCAAGUUGAUCAGUCAAGCGGUGAAGGAAGACGUUCAGAUGAUAUUCUUCCCUGAAGCCUGUGAUUAUCUCUGUGAUAACAAGAAUGAUACUUUAAACUUCGCUGAACCGAUCAUUGGUGGCGCCACUGUUAGCAAAUACAAAGAGCUAGCGGUCAAGCAUAAUGUCUGGUUGUCUAUGGGUGGGAUUCAUGAAAAGGAUGAAGCGCUACCAUCAAAAGUUUGCAACACUCACAUAAUAAUAGACAAUAAAGGGACCGUAGUGCAGACAUACAGAAAACUGCACCUAUUUGAUGUGGAGAUUCCUGAACGCAAUGUUAGAUUAAAAGAGAGCGACUUCUGUGAACCAGGUAACCAUAUUGUGGCGCCGGUCGAUACGCCAAUAGGAAAAGUAGGCUUAGGUAUAUGUUACGAUAUGAGGUUUCCUGAACUCAGUACAUCAUUGAGUAUAAUGAAAGCUGAAAUAUUAACGUUUCCUUCAGCGUUUACACAACACACUGGAGCUGCACAUUGGCAUGUUUUAUUGAGAGCAAGAGCGAUAGAAAAUCAAUGCUACGUUAUAGCAGCAGCCCAAACAGGGGCUCAUAAUGCGAAACGAAAGUCCUAUGGUCAUGCAAUCUGUAUAGACCCGUGGGGCGAAGUCCUAGCUGACUGCGGGACCGAAUCCCCGACGUUUAAAGUGGUUGAGAUCAACCAGGAGAAGUUGCAAGAGGUUAGAAGGAAUAUGCCUGUAUUCCAGCAUAGGAGACCAAAAGUAUACUCCCUAUACUCGUUAAGUCUCCGUAAGGACCUCCUCCCCGCUCACUGCCCAGCCCCUCCCCCCUCGACGUCUUCAUCACCACAAAUUGCGGCACUACCUGACGAACCAUGUUAUGACUUCGGACAUGUGAAAGUCCCUGAAAGUUGUGUAUUCUUUAAGUCUAAGCUGACUUAUGCAUUUGUUAAUUUGAGAUGUGUGCUCCCCGGCCAUGUCUUAGUGGCUCCCAUCAGAAUGGCUGAGAGGAACUGCGAUAUGACGGAGGAGGAGGCACAGGACUUCUACAAGACUAUUCGGAUUGUCCAGCGGUUAAUGGAAAAAGUGCAUGAGGCGGACUCGUGUACGGUGACCAUACAAGAUGGAAUGAAUGCUGGGCAAACGGUCAAGCAUCUCCAUUGCCACAUAAUGCCGCGGAAGAAAGGAGACUUCAUAGAGAACGACUUGAUCUACUUGGAACUGGCUAAACAUGAUCAGUUCAAAGCCGGCCACCCAUCGAAACCACCAAGGUCGAGAGAAGAAAUGACAUCAGAAGCCUCAUUUUUAAGAGAAGAAUUUAAAAAAAUGUAUGCACAAGAGACUUCUAGCAGAUAAGUGUAUAAAUUGUAAAAAAAAUAAUAUAAAAAUCAAUUUUGUUGUAUAAUCUGUUUAACUGAGAAACUCGACUAAUUUCAAGCUACACGCGGGGCUCAUAAUCUGAGGUUCGCAGCGCCAAUCUUUAGCUUGAAAGUAGUCGAGCUUCCUACUCGAAUAGUUACGUGAGUAAGUCACACAACAUUAUUCAUUUACUAUGUCUCAGUAAUAUAUAAAACAGAAAUAAUAUAUAUAUUUAAUGUAAAGCUAAAAAUUUGUACUCAGUUUUCGAAUAAUUGCGUAUAAGUGUCAUAUCACAUUAACAGCCUAUAAAUGCCCACUGCUGAGCAAAGCCUCUUCUCACACGGAGAAGGUUAGA